AAAGUGCAUAUGUAGAGAUUAGACAGCUCUGCAUAAGGUGUGGUCUGUGGACUAAACUACACUUCAGGUGAACUAUACAACUUCGCUUAACCAACCUAUCCUUUUUCAGUUGUUCUGCUCACUGACAAUGGCCAGAAGACACCUGAUGUUGUGGAUCUUCACUCUGUGUGUUUCACUCAAUCCCUCAGAUGGUCACAUUCCUGAACUUGAUGGAAAAAAGGUUUAUGAGAUUGUUCGACCAAUCAAAUUACAUGAGCUACAAAAAAGAGAUUUAAAGUCAAGACCUGAUACAGUGAAAUACGCUAUGACACUAGGUGGGAAAGACAUUGAAAUGCAUCUCCAGAAAAAUGAUGGCAUGCUGACUAAAGACUACAGCGAGACACACUACACUAAAGACGGGAUGCUUGUUACAACCACACCUGAGGAUCUGGACUUAUGCUAUUAUCAUGGGAAAAUAGUAAAUGACAGCGAGUCGUUGGUUAGCAUGAGCAUCUGCAAUGGACUAAGAGGCUAUUUCCAAACAGCGGAGCAGAGGUUUCUGAUCGAGCCGUUGUCCGAGGAUGGUGAUGGUGACCAUGCUGUCUCUAAAUAUGAAGAUGCACUUGAAGACACGCCGAGGGUGUGUGGAGUCACCAACACUAGUUGGGAUGAGAGUCAGGAUGGCGCUCCUCCACGCAUUCUGAAAACCCGUUCUCGUUCCUCAGGGCCAACUUUGUUCCAGCAACAAAAAUACAUCGAGCUCUUCCUUGUGGCAGACAACAGAGCAUACAAGAAAAUGGACAGCGAUCUUGGGAAGCUGAGAAAGAGGAUAUUCGAGAUCAUCAAUUUCAUCAAUAAUGCCUAUAAAGAAAUCCACACCUUUGUUGCUCUGACUGGAUUUGAAGUGUGGACAGACAGCGAUAAGAUAACAGUGUCCUCUGCUCCUGGAGCAACUCUAGACAGCUUUUCCAGUUGGAGGAACAGUGAUCUCGUCAAAAGAAAGAAGCACGACAAUGCACAAUUCCUCAGUGCAAUUGACUUUGAUGGAUCAACUGUGGGUCUAGCUUACAUUGGAACCCUGUGUGGAGGUCUUUCAACAGGGAUUGUGCAGGAUCACAACUCUAAUUCUAUAGCAGUGGGGGCUACUAUGGCCCAUGAGAUGGGGCACAAUCUUGGGAUGAAUCAUGACAGCAGCAGCUGUGUUUGUUCUGAUAGCACUUGCAUCAUGACAGCUGCUCUCAGCUAUUUCAUCCCUCAACACUUUAGCAGCUGCAGUACUGGCACCUAUGCAGAUUACCUGAGCAGCAAAAACCCAGAAUGUCUUUUAAAUAUGCCCGAAUCAAAAGAUUUGAUUCAGCCGGCUGUGUGUGGAAACGGAUUUAUGGAGACAGGAGAGGAAUGUGACUGUGGAACGGUGCAAGAGUGUACAAACCCAUGCUGCAAUGCAACCACCUGCAAACUGACAGAGGGCUCACAAUGUGCAACAGGAGAAUGUUGUGAAAAAUGCAAGAUUAUGUCAGCCUCACAUGUGUGUCGUCCAAAUAAUCAUGACUGUGAUUUGCCUGAGUCCUGCACUGGAAAAUCAGCCAUGUGUCCUGAAGAUGUCUUUACAGUCAAUGGACUCCCUUGCAAAAAUGGGAAAGGUUAUUGCUACAAUGGCCAGUGUCCUCAGAGAGAGGAGCAGUGUAUUAAAAUGUGGGGUCCAACUGCUGAGGUGGCUGGAGACAAUUGCUACAACCAAAACGCAAAAGCAGAGUACUACGCUUACUGCAAACGUUAUGGCAAUAGAUAUGUCGGAUGCCAAAAACAAGAUGUGAUGUGUGGAAAACUGUUCUGUGUAAAUGGCAACGGAAGUCCUAAUUAUGGACGGCUGGUAACAUUCCUCAACUGUAAAGCCACAUUCUACAGCAAUCCUGAAGAGGAUUACGGCCAAGUCGACACUGGCACCAAAUGUGGGGAAGGGUUGGUUUGUAACCAGAACGAGUGUGUUGACCUAGAGACGGCUUACAAAGCAACAAACUGCUCAGCCAAAUGCAAAGGCCAUGCGGUUUGUGACCACAGACUGCAGUGCAGAUGUGAACCUGGAUGGCUGCCGCCAGAUUGUGAAACAUCACCCGGAAGUGACGGUUUGUCUAAAGGUGUGAUGGUAGCCAUUGCUGUGGUUGUCUGUGUUCUGAUUGGGAUACUUCUAAUCGGACUGGCCGUUUUCUUUUACAAACGCAGAAACAGUACAACACAUUCAUCCAGAAGCCAUCCAAGGCAGCAGAAAGUUCAUAUAGUUGACAUCCCCGACUUGAGCCAAAUGAGAUUGCCGAUGCCAAAUCAGAAGCCAUCUCCGGUAAUAAAACCUACAGCACCUCCUCCACCUCCACCCUCUUCAGUCCAGCCCAGAGCUAUACAUAAUGACUUCCGAACUGCACGUCAGGCUCUUAGACCACCUCCAAAGGUGUGA